AUGGAGGCGACCAACUCCGUCUUCUUCAGCCACCACCACGAGCAGGUGGUGGCUCUGAUGAAAAAGAAGUUCCAGGAUCUCCUGGACUAUGACAAGACGAAGAAUCGCAAGAUUCUUCAUGUCGACUGGGUAGCGGGCAAUCCCGACGAUCCCGCAAGGAAGGAAGGCGGCGAAUCCGCCGCCAACGGUGGCAUGAGCGAGGAGGACCGGAAGCUCGCUGAGAGCGCGGCGCGGUCGGUCAUGCGCAUUACCUACGGCGUCCAGCAGUGGGACGAAAACAAGACAUGGAACAAGUCCAUGUUCUUUGGUGACUGGCUGAAGGACCAGAACGGCUUCCGCCAGCACUAUGUCGAGGUUCAAGUCAAGCGGAUCUCCGGCGGCGACGAGAAGCUGCUGUCAGAUUGCAUGAUCAGCCCUAAGUUGGUUUGGCUGCCGCUGCACGACGAGAACGCUCCGACUAUUGAGCCGGUUACGGUUCCCCCCGUCGUCGCGACUGGCGCGCGCCAGCUUCCUACUCCACGAGAGCAAGUCCGGGAGUCCCUUCCCGAGGUUGAGGAAGUGGAGAAUGCAGGUCCGGUUUCCUCUCCUUCUGCCGGCCCCAGUGCCCCCCGCUCCGGCAUUCCCCGGAGUCAGGCUCUCCCCACCACUGGCAGCUUCGACUCGAUCGAGGCAGCUGAGUCCGAGCCCGCCGACUCCCCGGAGUCUACCUAUUCGGACGAGAUCUAUCUGCCCGAGGGCGUUGACCCGUUCGAAACCAUCAUCCCCGCCCAUCGGACUCGGGCAAUCAGCGCCGCUGACAUGGCUCGCCAUCGCGAACAUUGGGACCAGAACACCGUCGCGAAGCGUCGGGAGCUGGACGAAAUCUUCUCCUUCCACGAGGACCCCGCAUUUAUUGAGCGUAAACAGAAGUCAUUUGUUUACGCUGUUCGCAUUAUCGCCAUCCCGGACCGUGGCGAUAUUGUCAACGUCUUUAGCGGCCCUCCCGUCGAGAACCGCUACGGCACCCUCAUUGCGUCGGGCGGCUGGGUUGUGCCACCGCUCGAGGAGCGCGUCAAGUGGCGCGACGAGCACAAGCGCGGCUACCGCAACAAGGCCGCAAAGCUCGGCCGGUAUGAGGGCCUUCCCCGUCCAACGGUUCAGCAUGCCAUGCCCAUGCAAUUCGACUGGUCGGGCAACCUCGAACCGCGGUACUAUGGCCCGGCGGCUCCAAUCUGGCGUGAGCUGUGCGAGCCGUGCCUAGAGGAUAUAUACUGGAUGGUCUGGCAGCUCAUGGCUGGGAAGUGCUUCCUCGGGUUCAACCCUGGCGCUGGCUUUGGCGUGCUCCGGCGCGAUCCGGAGGGUGACAAGAAGCUGCUAUCGGAGUGCCCGUUCAAGAGCCCGUCGGCCGAGGCGCUGCACCACGCGGCUUCUUAUCCCCGUGGUGACGAGACGAAGAGGAACUAG